CUCUCACAAAAAGGUGGACAUUGUAGGCCACUCUCAGAUCGCUUGCCUAACUUUCCAACAGCAAGGCAUCGUAAGAACAGUCAUGGCACCCCCAAUUGUGACCGCCACUAUCCAAACCGCGGUCAUCUCAGCCUUCUCCAAUGUUCUCGCCCAAGCCAUCACCGCUCAUCAGUCCAACACCCCGCUGGUAAUAGAUUGGAUCCCCGUCUUCCAAUACGCCCUCUUCUCGCUCCUCUCCACCCCACCCAACUUCCUCUGGCAGGACUAUCUCGAGUCGACCUUCCCGGCCUACCACAUGGCGCCGACGCGCGAGGCAGUCGCGUCCGCGGCUGCGUCCAACGACGCCGAGCUCGACGACGAGGCGGCACACGGCCGCAUCGUCGAGCCCAGGCUCAACAAGCGCAAUACCGUCGUCAAGGCCCUGCUGGACCAGACGGUGGGCGCCGCCGUCAAUACCAUCCUGUUUAGUCUGUUUAUGCAUGGUAUCAGGCGGGGCAUGGCCCAUCACUAUGCGCCCGGGGCGGGUGGGAAGGCCGGUGCGGGGUUGGGGUCUCUGUUCGGGAGGGAUGCAGUGAGGUACGACGCGGUGGAGUGGCCGAGCGUAUGGGAGGCGGCCAAGGGGGAGUUCUGGGGCCUGAUCUUGGCCGGGUGGCGGUUCUGGCCGCUGGUCAGUUUGAUCAACUUUGUGUUUCUGACCAGCAUUGAGGCGCGAAGCUUGGUGGGUGCGUUGGCUGGGUUGGGUUGGGGAAUCUAUCUCAGUUUGAUGACGGCGCAGUAAUGAGAAGGUGGGAGUGUCUGGGGUUCCUGAUGUAGAAAGCAUGCGUUGCCAUGUAUGGCUAGAGUCCAGUUCAUUUUAACGUGGUCUAGGACAGCAGUUGGUGCUUGGUGGAGUUGACAAGCCAACGUUCACUUACGCACAUGGAUUAGACAUUGAAUACAGCUGGUGUUCUGAGUUGGUG